AAUGAUUGUCUAUUGGUCAUUAGCCAAGCAUUCCAAGACCAAGAAUCUUUUUAAAGACAAAACAAUACCUUAGUUGUCAGAAGCUGACUCACGUCACCACCACAUCAAACCCAUUACAUAAAAAUGUCUCUAGCGUCAAUUAUAUGCUAGAUUCACGAGACCCAAUCAUAAAAAGAACUUGCUUUCCUCAGAAACUAAGUUCCAUCGAAAAUGGGUAGAAUCAGUUUAGUGGUAUCUGAUCUGGUUCUGUCGUUCAUGUGGAUAUGGGCAGGAGUUCUGGUCAACAUCUUAGUCCACGGAGUACUCGGGUUUAGCCGGAAGGACACGACCGGCGAUAUCGUCAGAUAUCUCUUCUCCGUCGUCUCCAUGUUCAUCUUCGCUCUCCUUCAGAAACUCACCAACGGUGGACUUUACAACCCUUUGUCCGCUUUGGCUUCUGGAGUCUCCAAAGGAUUCGGGAGCUUCGUCUUCUCCGUCGUGGUUCGAAUCCCCGUCGAGGUAAUAGGAUCAAUCCUUGCGGUUAAACAUAUCCUUCACGUUUUCCCUGAGAUUGGAAAAGGACCAAAGCUAAACGUAGCAAUCCAUCACGGCGCUCUAACCGAAGGGAUACUAACCUUUUUCAUAGUAACGCUCUCUCUGGGACUUACAAGAAAGAUCCCAGGAAGUUUCUUCAUGAAGACUUGGAUUGCUAGUAUCGCUAAGUUGACUCUCCAUGUUCUUGGAGCUGAUUUAACCGGUGGAUGCAUGAACCCAGCAGCUGUUAUGGGAUGGGCAUAUGCACGCGGUGAACAUAUAACACAAGAGCAUUUACUUGUGUAUUGGCUUGGACCUGUCAAGGCUACCUUGCUUGCUGUUUGGUUCUUCAAUGUUGUGUUUAAGCCUCUGACCGAAGAACAACAAGAGAAGCCUAAGGCUAAAUCUGAAUGAGGAAUUAUAUCCUAGUUUUCUUUAUGUGUGUUCUUAUGUAGCAGACACAGUUGUAUCAAUCAGUUCUCAAUAAAAUCUGCAUUUUAGCUAAUCCAGUGUGCAAUGUGAUUGAUAAGUAUUUGGUUUAUUACAGAAAAAAAAAAAAAGAUGUUUCUCAGUUUCCAUCAUUCAAUUACAAAAAAAAACCAAGAACUUGACACUGGCAGCUACUAAUAAACAAGAUUAGGCUCAAACUCAGCGAAAUCAACAGAGCCAGACUCAACAGGAGGCAUGAGAUAAGCAGCCAAGAUCUCAG